UUGUAUAAUCAGUUUAUAAAAUCUGUAUCAUCAGAUUAUCACAUCAUUAUCAUCAGAUUAUCACAUCAGUAUCAUCAGAUUAUAACACUCGUAUAUCAGUUUAUAACAUCUGUAUCAUCAGUUUAUAACAUCUGUAUCAUCAGAUUAUAA